AUGAGUAGCACAAAUUUAUUGGCGAAAUUCGACGAAUUGGUGAAGCGAUUCAAAGAGGAAUUCAACGAAAUUAUCCAAGGCGAGCGCGCAAAAUUGAAGGCGGAAGUGGAACAGUACAACGCCGAGAAGGAACGAAUGAAACCGUUCGAAGUUAGCGACGAUGAUAUCAUACAUCUCAACGUCGGGGGACAAAAGUUGACCAGCACAAGAUCUACUUUGUGUCAAGUAGAAGGUUCCUUACUUGCCACCAUGUUCAGUGGCAGGUGGGAAGAUGGUCUCAAGCGUGAUGAAGAUGGCGUCGUCUUCUUCGAUGUCAACCCACAAUAUUUUGGCUAUAUUUUGGAUUAUCUUCGCAUGAAGAAACUUGCGUCGCCAAAGAACCCAGAAUUGCCAAACGUUCCAAGAGAUCAAGUGAAAAAUUUCAACACUUUUGUCGAGUAUCUCGGCUUGAGUGAUGAAAUCGUAGUGCCUGUCGAAGAGACUGUCGAAAUCGUCCGCACUCAAAUUGUGCCAGGCGAGAAAUUUAAUUUACAUGCGCCUGAAAUUACUCUUCAGGACGAUGGUAAACUCGCGGUUCAUCAGGGUCAAAAUGGAUGCUAUCAAUAUGGUCUUGGUGAAAAUACUUACCAACACGGGAUUGUACGUCUCAAAUUGAAUUUGGAGUCGUUUCAAAGUAAUUAUUGGAUGUUUGUUGGCAUCGUGAAAGGAGAUGGUCUGCAACAAAAUAACUACUAUUCACAUGGAUGGCCUGGUUCUUAUGGAUGGGCACUCGGGACGACUGGUCAAGUAUGGGAAGAAGGGGCGUUUACGUAUGACACAACGUUAGAAAAUCUGACUAUGGAAGGAGACACAGUUGAGUUAGUUUUGGAUUGCGAUGCAGCCAAGCUGUCACUUCAUUUGCCAACUGGUGAACAAUUGCACAUUGAUUUACCUAAGUCCCAAACCUGGAGACUGAAUGUAAAUUUGCUUUCCGCAAACGACAAAAUACGUAUCAUUAAUGAAUAA